AUGGCCUGGUCCAGGAUCGCGAGGGGCUCCCAGCUGUCGCAGUCCCUCUCCAGGAUCGUCUCCUCCGAGGGCGGCGCCGCGCCCACCCCGGCAGCCUCCGCGCUCCGCAAUGCCGCGGCGCUGGGGCAUCGCGGCACCCGCACCACCUCCUCGUCGUUCCACAACCUCGCGUCCGUCGCCCUCGCCGACAAGUGCGGCGCCGCGGCGGCCCAUCUACACCACCACCACCACCCAAUCAGAGGCUUCAGCGCCACGCCCGCGAAGCUGCUCCCCGAGUCCGCGGCCCUGCCGUCAGAACCCUCCGACGCCUCCGCAGCUCUGCCGGACCUGGGCCCGACCAAGCCCGGCGAGAAACCCCGCAUAGUCGUCCUCGGCACGGGGUGGGCGUCCUGCCGGUUCCUCAAGGACGUGGACACGUCCGCCUACGACGUGGUCUGCGUGUCCCCGAGGAACCACAUGGUGUUCACGCCGCUGCUGGCGUCCACCUGCGUCGGCACGCUCGAGUUCCGCUCCGUCGUCGAGCCCGUCAGCCGCAUCCAGCCGGCGCUCGCCACGCGCCCAGGGUCCUUCUUCUUCCUCGCCAGCUGCACCGGGGUCGACGCCAGGAAGCGCGAGGUCUACUGCACGGUGGCCGACGGGGAGGGCCUGCCAGGCGACGGGCCCUACCGCUUCAGGGUCGCCUACGACAAGCUCGUCAUCGCCAGCGGCGCCGAGCCGCUCACCUUCGGGAUCAAGGGCGUCGAGGAGAACGCGAUAUUCCUACGCGAGGUGAACCAGGCGCAGCAGAUUCGACGCAAGCUACUCACCAACCUCAUGCUCUCCGAGAACCCAGGCUUGCCAGAGGAAGAGAAGAAGCGCCUCCUGCACUGCGUGGUGGUAGGCGGAGGCCCCACCGGAGUGGAGUUCAGCGGCGAGCUCAGCGACUUCAUCAUGCGCGACGUCAGGGACAGGUACUCGCAUGUCAAGGACUACGUCAAGGUCACCCUCAUCGAGGCCAACGAGAUCUUGUCGUCGUUCGACGUCGGGCUGCAGGAGUACGCGACGAGACACCUAUCUAAGUACGGAGUGAAGCUGGUGAAGGGCGUGGUGAAGGAGGUGCUGCCCAAGGAGAUCGUGCUGAGCGAUGACACCCGUGUCCCCUACGGCCUCCUCGUCUGGUCCACCGGCGUCGGCCCUUCGGAGUUCGUCAAGUCCCUCAACCUGCCCAAGUCCCCCGGCGGAAGGAUCGGCAUCGACGAGUAUCUCCGGGUGCCGUCAGUGGAGGACGUGUUCGCUCUGGGCGACUGCGCGGGGUUCCUGGAGAGCACGGGGAAGCCGGUGCUGCCGGCGCUGGCGCAGGUGGCGGAGAGGGAGGGCAAGUACCUGGCUCAGCUGCUCAAGAAGGUGGCGGCGCAGAACGCCGGCAAGGCGCACUGCCUGAGCAAGAACGCCGACCUGGGGGAACCGUUCGUGUACAAGCACAUUGGGAGCAUGGCCUCCGUCGGAGGGUACAAGGCGCUGGUGGACCUCAGGGAGAAGAAGGACGCCCGCGGGAUCUCCAUGGCGGGCUUCGUCAGCUGGUUCGUGUGGCGGUCGGCCUACCUGACGCGGGUGGUCAGCUGGAGGAACAGGUUCUACGUGGCUGUCAACUGGACCACCACGUUCGUCUUCGGCAGGGACAAUACAAGGAUUGGCUGA